CUUUGGUUACGGGGGGCUGAACGACUGACCAGAAAGCGAUGUAAAUGGUUCUUCUGGAAGUCAGUCAACAGAAAAGGCCUCGGUGAAUCGAUUGAUUGGUUAUACCAGCCGUCUGACAACCGAACCUACGUGAAACAGCGCCGUUGGAUCUAUUGAGCCUGCGCUAACAGUAAAAGAGGAGGUUCCCGAAGAGACUCCUUUAUUUAUUUCUUUGUUUUCAGUGAAGAAAUAAUAACAACGGCAUACCACAGAACUUCAUUUUUAAUCUCUGUCCGCACACACAAGAAAACUGGAUAAGAUUACAGUGGGUGCUCGAAGGCCAAAGCCAAGAGGAGGAGGAUGAAGCGGCGCAAUGCGGACUGCAGCAAACUCCGGCGGCCGAUAAAACGGAACCGAAUCACCGAGGGUAUCUACGGCAGUACCUUCCUGUACUUGAAGUUUCUGUUGGUGUGGGCGCUAGUACUACUGGCAGACUUUGUAUUGGAGUUCAGAUUUGAGUAUCUCUGGCCUUUCUGGCUCUUCAUCCGCAGUGUAUAUGACUCCUUCAGAUACCAGGGCCUGGCAUUUUCAGUAUUCUUUGUUUGUGUGGCAUUUACCUCGGACAUCAUUUGCCUCCUUUUCAUCCCAGUGCAAUGGCUGUUCUUCGCCGCCAGUACUUAUGUUUGGGUCCAGUAUGUUUGGCAUACAGAGAGAGGUGUCUGUUUGCCAACGGUGUCUCUAUGGAUACUAUUUGUUUACAUAGAGGCAGCCAUAAGAUUCAAAGACUUGAAAAACUUCCAUGUGGACUUGUGUCGUCCCUUUGCUGCACACUGCAUUGGCUAUCCUGUAGUAACACUGGGCUUCGGCUUCAAGAGCUACGUAAGUUAUAAGAUGCGCCUCCGGAAACAAAAGGAGGUUCAAAAGGAGAACGAAUUUUACAUGCAGCUACUACAACAAGCUCUACCUCCAGAGCAGCAAAUGCACCAGAGACAAGAGCGAGAAGCAGAAGAAGCAGCUGUUAAAGGAUUGUCUGAGGUGGAUACUGCUCCAGUGUCACAGAAUGGCACCCCUGCCAAUAAAAAGACAGCAGCAUCACUGCCAGAGCUAGAAUAUAGAGAAAAAGGGAAAGAAGGAAAGGGUGCCGGGGACAAUAAAAAGCAACACAACAGCAUCCUCCCAUCUUCUGUGGACUCUAAACUGCAAGAAAUGGAAUAUAUGGAAAACCAUAUGAACAACAAGAGACUGACCACAGACCUGGGCAGCACUGAAAACCUGCUGCUUAAGGAGGACAACAACUCUUCGUGCUCUUCCUCUUCUUCCUCCUCCUCUAAAAACUUCAAAAAUGCUAGCAACAAUGCGGCUAACUCCUCGCCCCGUGGCCAUAGUGCCACCAAUGGCAGUGUACCCUCCUGUACACCAUCAUCCUCAUCAUCUGCGGGAAAGAACGAGAAAAAGCACAAGCUGACAGUGGGGAAGGCAGCUGCUGGAGGCUCCCACAGGGACCCCACAGACAACUGUAUCCCCAACAACCAGCUGAGCAAACCAGAAGCACUUGUCAGAUUGGAGCAGGAUGUUAAGAAAUUAAAGGCAGACUUGCAAGCCAGCCGUCAAGUGGAGCAGGACCUCCGCAGCCAGAUCGGCUCUUUGGGCAGUGCAGAGCGUUCUGUACGCACUGAGCUGAGCCAACUGCGCCAGGAGAAUGAGCUGCUGCAGAACAAGCUUCAUAAUGCUGUGCAGGCAAAGCAAAAAGACAAACAGACGGUGGGCCAACUGGAGAAGAAGCUCAAAGCAGAACAGGAGGCACGGGCCACUGCCGAGAAGCAGCUCGCAGAAGAAAAGAAGCGCAAAAAACUGGAAGAGGCCACAGCAGCGCGGGCAGUAGCACUAGCGGCUGCAUCCAGAGGAGAGUGUGCAGACACGUUACGAAGGCGAGUCACUGAAUUAGAAACAGAGUGCAAGAAGCUCAGUGUGGAUAUAAAAAUUAAAGAAGAUCAGAUUCGAGAUCUAGAGUUAAAAGUCCAGGAACUUCAUAAGUACAAAGAGAAUGAAAAGGACACAGAGGUACUUAUGUCGGCACUGUCAGCCAUGCAGGACAAAACGCAACACCUAGAAAACAGCCUGAGUGCAGAGACCAGGAUCAAACUAGACCUCUUCUCUGCACUCGGAGAUGCUAAGAGACAGCUGGAGAUUGCACAAGGCCAAAUUUUACAAAAAGACCAGGAGAUAAAAGAUCUAAAGCAAAAGAUAGCCGAAGUCAUGGCUGUGAUGCCCAGCAUCUCCUACGCAGCCGACACCAGCAGCAUGACCCCUGUGGCCCCCCACUACUCCUCCAAGUUCAUGGACACCAAUUCCUCCGGCCUGGACCCCAAUGCCUCUGUUUACCAGCCACUGAAAAAGUGAACGCUUCUCCCAACCUCCUUUUGCCCAUUCUCUUUCUUUAUUUUCAAGCAGGCCCACCACUCUCAAUCUGCUCGGCAUGUCUGCGGCUGAGAAUGUUUCUCUUGGGUUUUGUUUUUACCAUGCCAGGUCAGAAGGAUGUUGUAUUGUGUGACUGUAUUUGUUGUAGUUAAAACAAAAGACAAAAAACUUAAAUGGACAUCAGUUCUCAACUAAGAUGCCCCAGGUUUCUUUUUCUCUUAAAUGUCUAGUGAAACCUCACAGAAUCGGGUAUGUAACUCCUAUUAUUAAGGUGUUGCUCUGCAUUUUCCACUGUCAGUGCAACUACCUGCUACCAGUUACUUGCUGUAUGGUCCUGGGGAAGAGCUGCUUCAUUUUGUGAAAAAAUAUGAUUUCUCCUCCACACAGUUAUUUUGAAAAUUCAAAUAUUUGUGCAAAAUGAGGAAUGUAUUGCAAACUUGGCACAAAUUUCUGUUCAAUCUCAUCCAAAAUCAGAAGCCAGUCUAAUGUCAUUUUUAAAAAAUCAAAGUAAUGAUUGUGACAUAAACCAUCUCUUUAUGGGAGAUUGGGAAAUUUGGGUCCAUUGAUUUGAACGUUCGCAGUAUCAGCAGUAAUAUUUCACAAAACCAUUUCAGUUGUCAAUCACAGUGCCUUCAUUUAAGACAUUAUGUGUGAGUUUAAGAGGACACAUCCCAUAUGAACAGCUUCCAAGAGUGUGACAAAGUUGCCUUUAGCUUUUUUCUUUCUUGCCCAUUUUUCCUAAGCGUGGCAAUCAGAAGUGUUAAGUGGACAUGAGGACUGCUAUGUAAAUUCAGUUACAAUCAUUAUCCAAGAUUUCUUUUUUUUUUUACAUUUUCACGUUUCUAAGAAAAUGCCAAAUGACUGAUGCCCUUUUACUACUGAAUGCUGAUAGAACUAAAUUUUUACUUUGGCUACAGCUAUUUCUGUUGGUUACAUUAAACUGGCCAUGUCAACAAAAGCAAAGGGAAAACCAUAUAGAUGGACUGUGCAAUGUCAACAAAUCAAAGCUUUGAUAGAGUUUAAAUUAAUUUAUAUUUAAUAUUCCACUUAGUUUGUGUGCCAAGAAUUCCUUGUAUGAAUGUACUGCAAAUACAUUAGCUGACAUGGUUCAGUGUCCUCUUGAUAUCACUUAAUACAAAUUUGUGUUAAGCAGGUAGAUAAAAUUGUCACCUGUUUGUAGUAGACUCUAGUUGAAAGUAAGGGAAGAUUAGAAAAUCAGAUUUCUUUGGUGAAUGUUACAGUAUUUGCAACUGUUGGGCGGUUUUCCUUAAGCCUGGUAUUGUCAAUUCUUGUAGGGAGAGAUUGUGACUCUGAUUGGUUUCAUUAUCAUCUAAAAUGGAUAUUGUGUGUGUGUGUGUGUGUGUGUGGUAUUCACAUUCUGUAUUUUGAGAAGCUUUAUUGCUCAGAUCGCUGUCAUUGGCUAUCCUAAAACCGUAAUGAAAAUUUAGUUGUUUUGCAAACUGCAAGAGUUUUGUUUUUUGUUUUCUAUGCCACUGCUCUGUUUAUCCCCAGGUUUGACCUUGGCUGCGCUCUCGCUCUGUGAGGUUUACAAAGAAUAAACUUUUUUUUCUCGCAACUGACUUUCUCAGCUUGAGAGUUUGAGUUGAACGGUCUUUAGAUUUUUCUGCGGGUCUCAAACGUAGACUAGUUUUUCUACUUAGUGCGUUUUAUGCGCUGAAGAUUGGAGGAUGUGCAUAGCCAACAUUUCCACUGGGAGGCAGUGUUCAACACUGAACUAAUGAAAUAACCAACUCUUAAAUGGGUAUUACAAUAAAGAGGAAAUAAAGGUACAGCAAAAAUGUUUU